ACAAAUUAAAAACUUCACUUUUCUUUCCAUAUCAUUCUCAGAAUAUGUUUGCUCAAUUAUAUAUUAUAUAUAUUUUCUUUUUGGUUUCAGCUGCAGUAGGAAUACCUGUAGUAAAUUUACAAAAUCAGACUUUUAGUACUGAUGGUCUUGUACCCACUAGGCCUAAAUGCACUGAUCCUAAUAAUGCUAAAUAUAAAAGCUCCGUUUGCGCUACAAGGAAAUUAGCGAGGGUUUCAUGUGAAUCUAAUGAUAAUCCAGGCACAGUUGUAGAUACUAAUUUUAGCUGUGGAGAUGGCGAAUCUUGUGUUGAUAUUACUUCAAAUGAUGUAUUAUGUGUUGACGAAAACAAUGCUCUAGUAUGGGAAAAUAAUCAUUAUUCUGGAUUUGCAUGUUCAGCACCUGUUUUAUUAGUGCCACCACAUGAGUCUUUUCAACUUGUAGCUGGAAUGACAACAUAUUCAACAACUGGGGAUCCAAUACAAGUAGUUGUGCUAUUAGCAAAAUAUGGCGAUAACGAAUCACGUGAAUUUGUAGGACACCAAAAUAAUUUCACCUUCGCUAUUAAUCAAGGAAAUUUUUCUAAAAAUUUGAGUUUCUGCUUCGCUGCAGGCAACGAAGAGGAAAUACAAGCUGUAGCUUCUCUAGGAUAUGUUCUUCUCUAG